AUGACCAAAUUACAAAAUUAUUUUUUCUCAUUAUCAAAAGAAAACAGCUAUAAAGUUAAGAAAAGUUGUAGAAAAAAAAAAAAAGGAUAUAUUCAUAGAUGUUCAAAUAUAAGAAAGUUCUUAAAGUAUGAUAAAUGUAACAAAUUAAAAAAUUGUUAUCAAUAUAUAAAUUUAAAAGAAUUUUUAAUAUAUAAUUUCUCUGAAAAUUAUAAAAAUAACAAUAAUAAUAAUGGAAACAGUAUAAAUAAAAAUGAAGUUAAUAAAAAUAACCUGAACAUAUUCAUAAAUGAUUUAUUUAACAGUCAUACUAUUACGAGUAUGUACAUUUUUGAAUAUGUAUCUUUAAUUGGUUGGUCAAAUGGAAUUAUUAGUAUUUUUGAUAAAUAUUUAAAUAAUAUUUUGAACAAAAAAAUUAGUGAUUCUACAAUUAAAAAUAUAUCUAUGAAUAAAAAAGGAGAUGCUAUAUGUUUUAUGGAUAAUUUGCAUAACUUAUUUCUCAUAUAUGUAAAUAUAAGGAACAAUUUAAAAGAAAGUAACAAUAAUUUAUUUUUUUAUUCAAAUAAUUUAAACUGUAAGAUAAAUAAAAAUAAAAUUGACCAAUUAUAUUAUAUUAAUGAAGAGAAGUUCAUGAACUUAAAUGAAAGAGAGCAAAGUUUUAUAAAAGCUUUUAUAUAUAAUAAAAUAAUCACUUAUAAUAUAAAAUAUUUAAACAGUUGUGUAAUUAAUCCUUUUUUUGAUAAUUAUCACAAUAAUAAUGUUUGCAUAUUGUCAUCAAAUAAAAUAGUUUCUAUUUUACAUAUUUAUGAAUUUCACACAAAUAAUACAGUCUUAUUUAAAGAACAUAAUAUCUUAAAUUUUUAUUGGUAUCAUUGUUAUAUUUUUAUAUGCACGGAAUACUCCAUUUUUGUAAUUAAUUUUUUUGAUAAAACUAAGGUGGCUCAAAUUUUUUUAGAUUCAUAUAAUUAUAUAAAAACAGAUCUCUCAAAUGUUCAAAUAAAUAGGUCAUACAUCAAUGAAAAGAUAAGUAAAAAUGAAGAAAAUUACUUAAAUGAUACAAUAUAUAAUGAUAAAAGAAUAAAAGAACUUGAUAAUCCGCAUGAACAACACAAAUGCGAUCAUGUAAAUAAUAAUUUAAAUAAAGGAAAACUAGAAUAUGAUUAUAUAAAAAGUGAAUAUAGUAAUUUAGUUGAUAAUAUGAGAAAAGAAAAUAAUUCAUUUUUGGUUCAUACAUGUUCCAUUCAAAAAAGUGUAUAUGUAAUUGCUAAAGAGAAAAAUAUUAAAAUUAUAAAAAUAGAAAAAAUAAAUGGAAUAGAAAAAAUAAACAUUUUAAGAAGUUUUUAUUUAGAUCAUUUUAUAUUAAGUAUAUGUGCUUUUCCUGAUAAUAAUAACUUUGGUGAAAAAGGAUUUUUUAUAUCAGUAAUAAUUUAUAAUGAAAAAAUAUUUAAGGAAAAUGAGAAAAAACAAAAAAUAAAGAACAAUUUUUUAGAACAUCAAAUUCUAACAAAUAAGAAUUCUUUGAUAUAUAAAAAUUCUAUUAAGAUUAACAGAAUAAAUGAUAUAUAUAAAAAUAAUAGUAUUUGUAAUUAUAAUAGUAAUAAUUCUAUAAAUAUCUAUAAUAACAAAGAUAAUUAUGAUUAUUUUAAAAAUUAUUUAAGUAUAUUUCAAUAUACAUCAUUUAAUAAAGAUAUUUUUGAUAACACGAUAAAAACAAAAUCAAAUAGUUUCAAUGAUUCUUCCUUAUACAUUUACGGUUACAACACAUUUUUACAAUUCCGCCCGAAAACUAUUAAAGAAUCAUUUUUUGAGCUUAUAUUAGAAAAUAAAAGAAACAGUAAAAGUAUUUUCAUUAUUUUAAAUGAUUUAAAAAAGAAUAUAAAUUAUAAAAAAGAAUUAAAUGAUAUUGGUUUACUUUUAAUUUUCUCCUUUUUUAAAUUUAAAAAAUACUUUCUUGCAACAAAAAUAUUUCUUACUUUGCAUAAACAUUUCUAUAAUAAAAAAAAAAUUAUAUAUGAUAUAAUAAAAAUAUUUUUUCUUCAUAAAAGGGUAUAUAUUCUUUCAUUAUUUUACAUAAAAUUACAAAAAAAAAAAAAAGAUUCAAAAAGAAUGUAUUACAGAAUGAGAGGAAAAUAUAGAAUGAUAAAAAGAAAGAAAAAAAAAAUAAAAAGCAUUUUAUAUUUAUAUUAUUUGACGAAUAAAUUAUAUGAAGAUAAACCAAAAGAAAAAACGAAAGAAAAAAUAAGAAAAAAUAAAAAAAAAAAAAAAAUUCUUUGUGUGCAAAAUGAAACAAAAAGGAAAAAAAAUUUUUCUUUUUUUAUAACUAAAAAAUUAUUUAAUAAAUUUUUAGUUUUUCUAUUAUGCACUAAUGUUUACCAUUUUAAAAAUAUUUAUGAAAAUUCUUCUAAUUGUGAUUUAAAUGCUAAUUUAUUAUGUAAGCACAUUAUAUUUUUGUUAAAAGAUAAUUUCAAAUUUAUAAAUAAAAAAUUUCAAAUUAUUUAUAAUUCAUUUCGCUUUACUUUGCGUAACGAAAAAAAAAAAAAUUAUGACCCAUCUAAUGUAUCUUACAAAAAAAGUGGAACAGAGAAAAAAAUUUUAUUAGAUAUUUUGUUAGAUAUAUAUUUUAAAUUUAAUAUCUAUCCAUUUAAUAUAUGCAAUGAAAAUAACUUAAUUUUAUUCAAUGAACAAAAUGAAAAAUGUAAAAAAAUUCGUACCAUUAAAAAUUUUUUAAAUUAUAAGUUCUUAAAAAAAAACCAUUUAGCUGAAAAGGAUUGUUAUAGAAACUUUUUUCAUCAUGAAUAUAAUAAUAAAAAAAAAAAUUCUAAAAACAUGAAAUAUGUUUAUAACGAAAAAACAGAUUAUAUUAAUGUGGAGAGAAAUUCAUAUAACCUAAAAAAAAAAAAUAAAAAGUUAAUAGAAAUUAAAAAUAAAGAAAAAAUUGAGAAAAAAGAAAUAGUAAAAAAUGAAGAAAAUGUAUCUCAAAAUGAAAUAAUGUAUAGUAAUAAUAGUCAUAGUUAUAAUGAUACUAUCAAUGGUAGUUUAUAUAACUAUGCCUUUUUUAAAAAUGAAUGUAACGUCAUAAAAAAAGUAGAGAUAUUAAAAAUAUUAUUGGCAAUGAAAAAUGAAAAAGUUUUUAUUUAUUUAAAACAAUGUGAAUUUCAAGUAUUUAAAGAAAUAAUAAAUAAAAACAUUAUGAAGCUAUGCAAUUUGAACAUUAAAAAAACAGUAAAAUUGUUAAUUAUAAAAAAGGAAAACAAAAAUGAAUAUUUUUUUGAUCCCCAUAAAAUUGUAAAAAAAUUAAAAAAAAAUCCUUUUUUUUUAUAUAAUUUUUUAAAGGAAAUAGAAGAUGUAAAAUACAUAAGUAUUUAUAUUAAUUUAAUUUUAUUUUUAAUGUUUAUUUUUGAACCAUUGUUGUUAAUGAAUUUUUUAAAGAUAUAUUAUAAAUAUGUUAGUUUUAAAAAAAUUUUAUUCCUUAUAUCAUUUUUUAAUUAUAUAUUUUCUAAUUAUAAUUUUUUAAAAAAUAAAAAAAAUAGCUAUUAUGAUAAUAAUGAUAAAAAAAAUAAUGAAAAAAUAGUAAAUUGUACAAAUAAUAAUCAUUUAGAAGAUACAAGUAAUAUUAAUACUGAAAUAAGUAGUAAUGAAAAUCAGAUCAAUCAUAUCUUAUAUAAAAAAGAUAAAUAUAUUAAAGAAAAAGAAAAUAUUUUGAAUGAAUCUCAUUCUUUAAUUAAUAUAUAUAAUGGGAACAUUGUAGAAAAUCACAGUAUACAAAAAAGUUUUGAUAGUAGUAGAUCAUGUUUUAUUUUUUUUAAAGAUGAAAAUGUUAUGUUACUAUAUAAAUAUUUAUUAAAUGAGUAUGUUCAAAAACAAAAAUUGAUAGAAUUAUUUAAUUUAGUAAAAGGAGAGUCAAUUAAUUACAAAAACAAAAUAAAUUUUUUUCUUAAUUUAAAAGCAUUUAUUUAUUUAAAAUUUGGUUAUGUAAAUAGGGCAAUAAAAAUUUAUCUUAAAUUGAGCAAUUAUUUACAAAUAUUUUUGAUUAUGAACUAUCACAAUUUAACUAUUGAUGAACGUGUUAAAAAAAAGAUAAAGGAUUAUUUAAGUGCAAGAUAUUAUGCUACUUCUUACUUUAGUCCGCAAAAAAUAUAUUUAAAUAAAAAGUGGAACAGUAGCCUCUUUUCUAAAAAACAUACAAUAAAAAAAGAUGUGAAUCUUUUUAUAAAAGAUGAAUAUUUCAGUUAUAUUGAUAAAAAUAAAGAAAUUAUGAAGUACAAAAAUAUAAUUAUUAAAAAGAAAAAAUUUAAUUUAAAAAAAAAAUGUAAUAUAAAUAAAUUGAAACAUAAUAUAUAUCAUUAUGGAAAAAAUGUAUACUUUUCAAGGAAGAAAAAUAAGAUACAUUAUAAGGAUUCUUUUAUAAAAAUAAAAAAAGGGAUAAUUAAAUCAACCGAAAAAAAUGAAAUAAAACCAUAUGGAAUUUAUAAUAUCUUUCAUGAUGAAAUGAAUAAAAAUAAAGAAAUGAAGUAUGUUAUAAAUGAAAAUUUAGAAAAAUACAUAAUUAAAAAUGUAAAUAGCAAUAUUUUAGAUAAAGAGAUAAUGUGUCAAUUAUAUUCGGAAAAAAAAAAAAAAAAAAAAAAAAAAAAUAUGUAUUUUAGUAAAAAUAGACAAAUAUUCAAAAAAACUAACAAUGAAAUAUAUUAUAAAAGAGAUGGAAAUCAAUAUUUAAAUAAAAAAAUAGUUAUAAAAAAUUAUUUUAUUGAUAAUAUAAAUUAUGAAAUGAAUUAUCUAACAAUGAUAUAUCUUCUAGAAGAUCUAAUAUAUAAAAAUGAAUUAUACGACAAUUAUAAUAAAAUUUUAAUAGAUAAGAAAAAAAGUAUAUUUAAUUUCUUAAAUGAAAUAAAAAAAAAAGGUUAUUCAAUAUAUAAUGGAAAAGCAAAAAAAGAAUUAAAAAAAUAUGAAUUAAACUUAUUAGACAUAAAUGACUAUUAUUUUUUAAAUGAAGAUUUAAAGGAAUCAGAUAUGUUAGCUCCUUAUUUUAGAAAUGACAAUCAUUUUAAAAAUAAUGAAAAAAUAUAUCAUAUACAGAAACAGAUUCCUCCUAAUUAUUAUUUAUAUGAUCAAAUGUAUAGAAAUCCUUUUAUUUCAAAUAUUUCUUCUUUUUGCUCUUCUUGUUUAAAUAAUAUAUAUAUUGAUUACUUCUAUAUUAAUAAAAAAAAAAUUAAAAAUAAUAACAUUGUGUUUUUUUUUUGUAAUCAUGUAUAUCAUUUAAAUUGUUUAAAAAAGAAAAAAAUAAUCUGUAAUAUUUGCUACUAA